AUGGACAAGACAACAGUAGGGGAUUAUAUCAGACAGGACAUAGAGAGUGACAAGACAACAGUAGGGGAUUAUAUCAGAGAGGACAUAGAGAGGGACAAGAAAACAGUACGGGAUUAUAUCAGACAGGACAUAGAGAGGGACAAGACAACAGUAGGGGAUUCUAUCAGACAGGACAUAGAGGGGGACAAGACAACAGUACGGGAUUAUAUCAGACAGGACAUAGAGAGAGACAAGACAACAAUAGGGGAUUCUAUCAGACAGGACAUAGAGAGAGACAAGACAACAGUAGGGGAUUCUAUCAGGCAGGAUAUAGAGAGGAACAAGACAACAGUAGGAGAAUUCUACCAGACAGGACAUAGAGAGAGACAAGACAACAGUAGGGGAGUCUAUCAGACAGGACACAGAGAGAGCCAAGACAACAGUAGGGGAUUAUAUCAGACAGGACAUAGAGAGGAACAAGACAACAGAAGGGGAUUCUAUCAGACAGGACACAGAGAGAGCCUAGGCAACAGUAGGGGAUUCUAUCAGACAGAACAUAGAGAGAGACAAGACAACAGUAGGGGAUUCUAUCAGACAGGACAUAGAGAGAGACAAGACAACAGUAGGGGAUUAUAUCAGACAGGGACAUAG